AAUUUAAUUAAUUAUACAUUAUAUUAAAAAAAAAUCCAGCACCGAAAAGUUCACCCUCACUGAAAAUUCAGAAAUGCAAGGCGUUGAAGCCAGGCUCUUGCUAGGCUUCCCCCCGAAUUCUCGCCCUACUCCUUCUCAGAUUAAAGCGGCUUAUAGAAAGAAAGUAUGGGAGUCGCAUCCUGACUUGUUUCCAGUUCACCAAAAGCCUUCGGCGGAGUCUAAGUUCAAGUUGAUUGCAGAAGCUUAUACAUGUCUACAGUCAGGUUCAGGAGGAGGAGGUUCAUUUUCGGCUACGUAUUCACAUGUUGCGAGAACGGGAGUACCAAAGGCUCAUGGGGGAAGAAAAAACCGUGCUUUGAUUCAGAUUCCUUUCCUUCUUAUAGUUCUGGGAACUGUUGGACUCGGGGGAUUAAACGCCACCAGGGCUUAUAGAAAGCAAAAAGAGACGUGCCCUUCCCACAAUCCAUUCCUCCCUUGAACAAGACCUCGAACUGGGAAUUACGUUGUUCUUCCAUUUUUUGUAUCAGUAUGGAAGCUUCAAUAUAUAUGAGCCUUGUGUAUCAGAAUUGACACGAAUUUGGGUAAUAUCGUUAUACCUUUGACCUUAAUCUGUUUAAGUGCUUGGUUGAGUGUAAUAAGCAUGCGUUGAAUCAGUUGGGCCAAUUGAUUCAUUUGGUU